AUGGGAGCAACCCCUUCCUACCACUCCAUUCUCGAGGUCCGACUGUCGAAAUAUUUUGACAAGCCAACGGACAUGAGGUAUGAUGGAACCCAGGACCCCCAGGAACACCUAAUGGCCUUUGAGUCCAGGAUGAACCUGGAGGGUGUGGUGGAUGAGGUGAGAUGUCGCGCUUUUCCCGUGACCCUAGCAGAACCGGGAAUACGAUGGUUCAACGCGCUUCCCCAGGGGUCCGUGAGAACCUUCGCGGAUAUUACCCGAGGCUUUCUAGUGCAAUUUACCACGUGUAUUAAAAAGGCCAAGCACCGGAUCAACCUUCUAGGCGUGACCCAAAGAAACGGUGAACCGACUAUAAAGUACCUGGAUAGGUUCAACGACGAAUGCCUAGAGAUUGAUGGCCUGACCGACUCGAUGGCCAGCCUUUGCCUGACAAACGGGCUAUUGAAUGAAGACUUUAGGAAAUACCUCACCACCAAAACGAGUGUGGACAAUGCAGGAAAUCCAAAAUGUGGUGAGAGAAUACAUCAACGACGACGAGGUCAGUCAAGUGGUGGCGGCCAACAAGCGGCAGCCCGCCUAUCAUCCUACUCGUCGGACCGGAAGCGGGGAAAGGCCUAA